GAGGGGUAAAGUAGCCUAUAAACUCUUGGGGUUUCCUUUGUUGACCCACUUUCUCUUUCUUCUUCAUCUCUUUCAGAUUUAAGCCCCUUUUUUUUUCUCUAAAUUCUGUAAAAAUUGGAGCUUUUUCUCUAAAUUCUGUAAAAAUUUAAAGUCUUCUCCUCUCUCUAACCUCUUUCUCUAUUUUUCUUUCGAUUUUGCAAAGUUUGGCAUUUGAUUACAUCCUCUCAAUCUAUUUCGGAAAGUUUUUGGGUUCUCUCUUGUAGAAGGCCUUUUUCUCUUUCUUCUUCCCACCCUCUAAAAGUUUGUCUUUCUUCUACCUUACUCCAAAAAGCUGAGCUUUUUUGAUCCAUUUUUCCUCAAUUUGAUAGCGACCGUUUUCCUUCUAGCCUCUUUUGGGUGUGAUUUGGUGAAGAAGAUGAUGAUGAUGACAAUGGAGGGGAUGAUGGAUAAGGGGGUAUUGGAUGAUAUAAUAAGGAGGCUGUUGGAAGGGAGAGGUGGGAAGCAGGUGCAGCUCUCUGAGGGGGAGAUCCGUCAACUCUGCGUCAACGCCAGGCAAAUUUUCCUUUCUCAGCCAAAUCUCCUUGAGAUUCGUGCCCCCGUUCGCAUAUGCGGUGACAUACAUGGACAAUACCAAGAUCUACUGAGGCUUUUUGAAUAUGGCGGCUAUCCGCCUGCCACAAACUACCUCUUUCUUGGGGAUUAUGUAGAUCGAGGCAAGCAAAGUUUGGAGACAAUAUGUUUGCUUCUGGCCUACAAAAUUAAAUAUCCUAAAAAAGUCUACCUGUUGAGAGGAAACCAUGAAGAUGCAAAGAUCAACCGGAUUUACGGGUUUUAUGACGAGUGUAAAAGGAGAUUUAAUGUUAGGUUAUGGAAAAUAUUUACGGACUGCUUUAAUUGUUUGCCUGUGGCUGCACUCAUUGAUGCCAAGAUACUCUGUAUGCACGGGGGACUCUCGCCGGAGUUGCAAAAUUUGGGUCAAAUAAAGGAACUUCCAAGGCCUACUGACAUCCCAGAUGGUGGUCUUCUCUGUGAUCUGCUUUGGUCUGAUCCUGAUCCUAAUAUUGAGGGCUGGGCAGAGAGUGAUCGAGGUGUCUCAUGUACUUUUGGAGCUGAUAGGGUUGCUGAGUUUUUGGAUAAGAAUGAACUCGACCUCAUUUGCCGAGGUCAUCAGGUGGUGGAGGAUGGAUAUGAGUUUUUUGCGAAACGAAGAUUAGUCACAAUAUUUUCAGCUCCAAAUUAUGGGGGAGAGUUUGACAAUGCAGGUGCUCUAUUGAGUGUUGAUGAAUCUUUAGUGUGUUCGUUCGAAAUAGUGAAACCACUUGAUAGUAAAGCAUCAACAAGCGGGUCUAAGAUGAAACUUAAAAAGCCCCCUAAAGCUGGAUCCAUGUGAUUAUUUGGAGAUUCCUUCUGUUCAGAUAGGAGAUACAAGUGAUACAGCAAGCUCAUUCAUGUUAGGGUUUGAAAUAUCUACUAGCUGACAGACUUGGUGAACAAGAAGCAUAACCUUCAUCAUAUUGGAGCUUGCUGAUAAUGUGCUUGCACUGGAAAUUGUUAUAAGAACUGUAAAUUGACGUCACAUGCUAUCCUCUGUGCAGAAGCGGAGAUGGUUGCUUUAAACACCUUUUGGCCCCUUACUGUAUUUGCAUAUUAGUGUGCAGUUUGUGAGUACUGAUUUGAGAAUAGCCUUCUUGAUUUUUGAGCAUAUUUGUAUAUUGGUCCCAUAUGUGGUCUGUUCAAGAGGGCUCCUUAUUGGUCAAACACCUGUUCAAAUAGUGGAUUACAUGAAUGGCUUCUAAUUGAACUUUUAUUUUGGAUUU